AUGAAAGCGCUAAUAUCGUUCGGUGUAAUAACACUUCUAGCCUUCGCUUCUGUGCAAGCUACUCCCGCCAUCAGUUCCAGUGAAAACGCGAUUCCCAUUGUGAAUCGUAACCAACUGGAAGAGGGGUUCCUGCGUAAACUCAACAUAAAAUGUAGUCAGAGGGAUAAUCAUUCGUGUAUGAUGCUCAAAUUGAUUGUGUACAUGAAUCGAAUAUUUAAAAAAUCUUCAAUCGAUAUCAAUGAGAAUCUAAGGGUUUCGCAAAAUAGAGAUAUUGACUCCAUCCCGGAUGACCCCGAUGAUGAUUUAAUGCUGGCACGUUCCAUUGAAUCAGAUGAUGAGACGCUAGGUCUGCUGGUGGCUGGAAAAAUUUGGAAAUUCAUACGAUCACGUACGCUGCGCUAUAAAUUUUCCGACAAUGCAGACUUCGUGCUCACCACCGAACCCAAAGGCAAUUUAAACUUUGGCGUAUCGGUGAGCCCGGUUGAGACGUUCGAGGAGGGACGUGGCAAGAUGAAAAACAUGGGCCCAAUGUUGAUGGUAAUGAUGGCCAAGGCGGGCAUGGUGGGUGCUAUAAUGCUCAAGGGCUUAUUCCUGCUAGCGGGCAAAGCGUUAAUUGUCUCCAAAAUUGCACUGCUGCUGUCGGUGAUAAUCGCAUUAAAGAAAUUACUGUCUCAGAAAAAGCACAUCGUUGAAAUACCACAUCACGACACCUACAGUUCGGGUUGGGCGAGAGCUUUGAACGGCUUCAUAGAGGGCAUGGCCGAAGUGCCGGCGCAAAUAAUCGCACAGGAAGCACAGGAUAUGGCAUACAACGGACAAAUGCCCAAAGAGGAAGUGCACUAA